AUGUUUGAGCAAUGCGUUACUUCGCUUAGGAACUACAUACAGGAUCGCACAAAUGGAAAAUGUUUUCCUCCAUGGAACUGGCUCUUCGUUAAGCUUGCGUCGCUUCUUUCACGCUAUCCUUCUGGUAUCACUAAAGCCAUCAUUUUAGCGGAGAUUCAACAAUCUUGGAAUCAAUUUAGUCAGUUUCAAGGACGUUUAGAAGGACAGAAAGCUCGUAAGAUCUCCGUUGAUUCAGUGUUUGAAAGCCGACACAUCGGAUACGAGUCAAUUCUGGAAGCCAAAGUUGAAAGUAUUAAUACAGUCCCGGGAACACACACAAAUAUUGCUAUCUUACGUGACCCCAAAGGAAAGAAUUCGCUAGGGAUGUAUAUGCAUCAAAAGCUCUACCAGUUACCAGCAGCAUUGAUCAAAAAACACACUCUCCGAUUCACUAGCUGUCGUUUAAUUCAAGGGAAAGGUCUGUCGUUUGCUGGUCAUAAAGUUCACCUACUACCAUCGGAAAACGUGCUGAUUCUUUGUGGCGAAGACGUCGACGACCUUGCACUCUUUGAAAAGUUUGGCAAUUUCCAAAGCUUUGAUGAAAGCCCUUAUGCCCGUUAUGGCUGUGAUGUAAAGGCUGAAGUUGCAGAUUUGGGAUUUGAAGAAACGAUACAUUUUCCGAAUGGAAAAACAAGCAUCAAAAGAUGUAUUAAAGUAGUGGACUCAGAGGGAAUUCAUGUCAAUUUCUGUUUGUGGGAUGAGCAGCUUCCAAUGGCUAACUUAUUACAGAAGGGUGAUACUCUUGCAAUUCAACAACCCUUUGUGGUCCCAAAUCAAGAUGAAAUGUUUGUGUUGGAAUAUGGUCCUGCAACAGUUCUUUUUUGUACAUCACGUGACCCAGUCAGGGAGCUUGUCCCAAGUCAGACAGCUAGUACUCAGGGGACCCCUGUGAGUGUAAUUAAAGACAGUCAAGGGAUGCUGGACUAUUCCACAUUUCCUGAACAAAUUUUUUUGAAUGAUAUAAGGUAUGUGUCAACUUCCGGCCAACCAACCUGAGAAAACAGCCAAAAUUUGGCGAUCCCGCCACUACUAGUUUCCCAAGAAAUGACAUCUAAGAAACAAGCGCAGAAAUUCCAUUCUAAUGACAUGUCGCUACCCAGCGCCAGAUCCAGGCCUCGAGACAAGGGGCAGCCUGUCAUCCAGUUGCUGAGAAAAGGGGGAGCCCGGUCUUCAAAAACAAUUUUUUUCUACCCUGCGGGCCUCAGUUUGGUCUAAGAAUUAGGGGAGCCGGGGCCCCCCUCCCCUGGAUCCGCAACUGCUACCCAGAUCUUGGUAGUGCUUCUGAUUUGCCAUGCCACCAGGACAACUUGCUUCAACCAAUCACGAUCACUACCCAGGUCUGGGCAGUGACAUGCCUUAUCCCUUUAAGUCCCAAUAGUGACCAAGAUCAAUUUUCUCCCAACAAUAUCCAUACACUGCCAAGAGAUAAGUUAUGAGAAUUAAUAAAAUGAUCACCCAAGUAAAAAUGCCUUGAUCUUUUAUCAAAUUCUCUCAACUCAUUCUUCAAGGAAUGUAUGGAAAUCAGUUUGGAGAAUUUGUAUGUGGAUACUGGGGCUUAAAGGGUUAAGAAUGAAAAUUUUUGGACUUGUUCCUUAGAUGUCAUUUCGCCAGAAAUUAAUGGUGGCGUCACAAAAUGUCAGCUGCUUUCUCAGGCUACUGGCCAACUAGUAUUUAGUUAUCUUUCAGACAGCUAUGGGUGGAGGGUGAGGGCUGGCUAUGUUGAUGUUGAUCAUUAAAGGCUGACAGACAAAUAAUCUCUCAAUUUGUUAUGUGAGCUCUGCAGCUAUGUGCAUGUAAGGUACUUCUGCAACCAGUAAACCCCUCUUAUAGUUUUUACUGGUUCUGGUUUAAGUUAUCAAGACCUUUCAGAAAAUGUGUAAUUUACAAAUUGAAUUAUGUGAGUUUUAAAAUAAUUUCCUGAUCUUUUUGUAGGUCAAACAUGACCCGGAUUACAAUUUUCUGCACCAUAACUAAUGUAGGUACAAUGGAAGCCUUCGCUCAGUACAAAGUCUCUGGACACAAGUUUGUUCUUACUGCAAAAGAUGAUACAGGAAGUGAAACUAUUACCAUCUUUGAUCACACCAGAGAUUAUUUUUAUACACUAUAUGCAGGCCAAAGCAUUGUGCUGGAGAAUGUUCACACUUCUGGUAUGCUUAAGAUUUUGUCAUAAACCUAUCAAUGAUAAGUCCCACAUUUGGGGCAAGUAGGCAGGCCUGAUAUAAAUUCAACAUCUUUUACUGCUUUACCAUGCUAGGGAGGAGACAUUAAAUUGUAAAGUGAGGAGGAUAUUCAUUGGAGUAACUCAUGCAAAAUGUAGAAGAUAAUCUAGCCAGACUUGGCUAGAUUAUGAUCAAAUGGCACUUUGAUCACUUAUGUAUUUUGUACAGCUAAGUUAAACUCACACCAAAACUGGAAUCAAAUUCAAACAUACUCCUCUGCUCCCUGUGGCAGUGUUACAGAUGCUAUGAAUUUCAAGGCAAAAUUUCUUCCUUUUAGUGCCUUUUAUCUAAUAGCCCCUAUGCAUGAUUACGUCAGACGAGUAAAUUUCACCAACAAGCCUCGUUUGUGAACAAAAUUUUUUGCAUUUGCACUUUUUGUGCGUGGGUAUUCUUUUCAACUCUACUGCCUUGGGAAUUCAUUUCUGUGAAACUUCGCUUAUUUUUAAUUUCAAAAUGAGGCUUGGUGGUGAAAUUUGCUUGUGUGACGUAAACAUGCAUAAGGGCUAUUUCUUAUUAUCAUUGUUUUAGGGUCUAGUCCACUGAGCUCAGCUCUUGUCCUGGAAACAAGUUCUGGCGGAAGAAUUUGGAAUCUCAGCACAAUGACAGGUUGGCUUUCUACUAAGUGUCUGUUAUCUGCAGUCUCCAUAAAAGACGCAAUCAGCAGUCAUAAGUGCAUCUGUCAAGCUGUCAUCACACAAGUCAACAGCACUAACAACAGUUAUGUUGUUAGGGUUCACAUGUCAUGCCGCAGCAAAGUGGAUUGUAACGCUGGUCAUUUUUGUUGUCAGAGAUGUGGCAUUGAUCAUUUAAAUGAGAUGCUUAGCAAGCCUGGCCAACUGGUAAGAUUCUCAUGAUAAUUAUUAUUUACCAAGGUGUCAAUCAUUAUUUUUACCAUAAUUGAGUGAUUUCUAACUCACUGAUUGGUCAAGAGCUUUGUUCGAUAAGAGUACAGACCAUGGCAAAGACGUGAUGGCAUUGUUUUUAUCUUUCGUAUAUGAGCAUGAUUUUCCAAGAAACUUCAACAGAAAUGGAUGUUAAAAUUGUCAAUUUUGACAUCAUUUCUAUGGCUGAUAAGACUACAGAUCAUAGAAAAUUGUUGACAAUUUACUGAUUUUAACAUUAUUAUAUUUUACUGCUACAGAAAUCCCCCUCAAUGUACUGGAAGUGGCAGUAUAACAUGAGCCUUGAAUUGCACGACUCAGACAGCAGCAUGACAGCACAUUUGACAGAUCAAACAGCAGAACAGUUGCUACAGAUGACAGCAUCACAGUUUGCAGAACAUGUCAAGGCCAUGCAAGAACAAGUUCUCGAGUCUGUUUUAGCACAAGAAUGCCUGUUUGGUAUUUCAUUAUUUAGAGGAAGACAUCAAAUUGGUGCUGUUUGUGUCACAAAUUAA